AUGAAAGAUCAAAUUGAGGAGUCAAUGCAGGAGAAGAAUUUAGCAUGUGAAAAGAUGAAGCUACGACUGCAACUGCGGGAUCUAAGGUUUGCAAAGUCUAAAAAGGAUGAACAUGAGAAAGAAAUCUUGGAGACUUUUCGCAAGGUUCAAGAAAACAUACCACUUUUGGAUGCAAUUUAUCAAGUGCCUCGUUAUGCAAAGUUCCUCAAGGAUUUGUGCACUAACAAUCAUAGAUUGAAAGGUAAUGAAGUGGUAAGUGUAGGGGAAAAUGUCUCAGCAGUCUUGUUUGAAAAGGCAAUGCUAGAUUUAGGAGCAUCUAUUAAUGUCGUGCCAUAUUCUAUUUAUGCUUCCUUAAAUCUAGGAUCACUUAAAGAAACCUGUGUUAUUAUUCAACUUGCUAAUAGAUCUUAUGCAUUUCCAAAGGGUGUGUUGGAGAAUGUUUUGGUACAGGUAAAUCAAUUGAUUUUUCCUGUAGAUUUCUACGUUCUUGACAUGCAAGAUGAACCAACAUCUUUAUCACCAUCGUUGCUCUUGGAAAGACCAUUUAUGAGGACUGCGCAUACAAAGAUAGAUGUGCAUGAUGGUACAUUGACAAUGGAGUUUGAUGGUGAGAUUAUUCGCUUCAACAUCUUUGAAGCAAUGAGGUAUCCUAGUGAUGUUCAUGCUUGUUUUUCAAUUGAUAUAAUAGAUUCAUUAGUACAAAAAGUUUUUGAAUUAUCAAAUGAAGAUGCAUUGGAUACCACUUUGAUUAAAAGCAUUGAUGCUAUCAAUCUCACCGGGUUGAGCAAGAAUUUACAAGUGUGUAAGGAUGUUGUUGAAACCGUGGCAUCACUUGAGUCACUACCAAGUAUUCCACUAAGGUAUGAUAUCUUUUAUAUUACUCUUCCGAUAUCUAAAGAGAAACUUUUACCUUGGUGA